AUGAUGUCAGCGAAGACAUCAAAGGUCCUAUCAUGGUACCAAUCCACAGCUGAUAAACGGAUAAUUCGCAGAAACAAGAUUGGACCUCCGGAUGUGUACCCUCAAGAGCCGCGUCAGGAGGAAGACAUUCUUAUUAAUGAACGUCUUCGCAAAGGAUAUCAAGUAAGCUUUUAGAC